AUGGCUGAUCCUUGGCAGGAAUGCAUGGAUUAUGCAGUAACCCUAGCAGGACAAGCUGGAGAGGUGGUUCGUGAAGCUCUCAAGAAUGAAAUGAAUGUUAUGGUUAAAAGUUCUCCGGCUGAUUUGGUAACUGCCACUGACCAAAAAGUUGAAAAAAUGCUUAUCUCAUCCAUAAAGGAAAAGUAUCCAUCUCACAGUUUCAUUGGUGAGGAGUCUGUGGCAGCUGGGGAAAAAAGUGUCUUAACUGACAACCCUACGUGGAUCAUUGACCCUAUUGAUGGAACAACUAACUUUGUACACGGAUUUCCUUUUGUAGCUGUUUCAAUUGGCUUUGUGGUAAAUAAAAAGAUGGAGUUUGGAAUUGUGUACAGUUGCCUGGAGGAUAAGAUGUACACUGGCCGGAAAGGAAGAGGUGCCUUUUGUAAUGGGCAGAAACUGCAGGUUUCACGCCAAGAAGAUGUUACCAAAUCUCUCUUGGUGACAGAGUUGGGCUCUUCCAGAACACCAGAGACUGUGAGAAUUAUUCUUUCUAAUAUGGAAAGGCUUCUUUGCCUUCCCAUCCAUGGGAUCCGGGGUGUUGGAACAGCAGCUCUGAACAUGUGCCUGGUGGCCGCUGGGGCUGCGGACGCGUAUUAUGAAAUGGGGAUUCACUGCUGGGAUGUUGCAGGUGCCGGCAUCAUUGUGACUGAAGCUGGCGGAGUGCUCCUGGAUGUCACAGGUGGACCAUUUGAUUUGAUGUCACGAAGAGUAAUUGCUUCAAGCAGUAAAACAUUAGCAGAAAGGAUAGCCAAAGAAAUUCAGAUAAUACCUCUUCAAAGAGAUGAUGAAGAUUAA